AUGUUUGUGUACGACCCACUUGAACAAUCUCUGUACGCGUGGAACGCCGUCGAAGUCUUCGUCGACGGCCUGCUCCAGCUAGGUAGAGUAAUCAACGUAGUGGAGAAAGGUCUGGUCAUUGAUUUUGGUUGCGCCACGCAGCGCUCACAGUUUAUCGAAUACCGGCGUAUUUUCCACGCGUGUAAAGCUAGAUCGCCUCAUCCUGUGAAUACCUAUCAGGAAUACCGUGAAUAUCGUAAUGUGCAAGUUCUCUUCCGAGCGGGCCCCGACCGCCCCUGGGCAUGGUAUCCCGGGACGGCGGUGUCGCUUGGGGAGCAAAGCUAUUUCGGGUGUGUGUACAUCGUGGAGGUUAAACUGCCUCACGGCGUCGUUAAGGAAUUGCUACCCAGGAAUCAAGUACGGCGCCCGCCCUCGGACGCCGACUUAGCCGCCCGCCGCGUCCAAGACAAGGACUUCGUAAUCCGCGGAUGUCCCUUGCCGGCCGCACCACGUGAGCUUGGGGAUCUGUUGGCGUCCAACUUGCCUCCAAUGCGGCGAGUGUUAUGUACGGAGGUGCUCAACGAGACGCUGCUGUACCUGCAGCGUCGCCUGGACCGAGAAAUGCAACCGCAAGAACUAGAUACAAAAAAGAAUACGUAAGGAUAUUGUGGAUACAAGUCCAGUUGUUAUUACAGGAAGAGGUUUACCACCGACUGAAGAAAAAAUAUAAUAACAACCAAAUCUCACAAACCCUGAUGGUUUCAAGACGCG